UCUGCAAAACCUUGUCAUGUACAGCAGAUCUAAUAAGAGAGCUGUUGCCGAAGCUGGUGGUGUUCAAGUUGUGCUCGACCUGAUAAACUCCAGCAAUCCUGAUACAUCUGUUCAGGCAGCAAUGUUUGUUAAACUUCUCUUCUCGAAUCAUACAAUACAAGAGUAUGCUUCUAGUGAAACUGUCAGAGCAAUUACUGCUGCUAUUGAAAAGGAUUUAUGGGCCUCUGGAAGUGUGAAUGAGGAAUAUCUAAAAGCUCUAAAUGCACUUCUUAGCAACUUCCCUCGUCUGAGAGCCACUGAACCUGCUACAUUGAGUAUUCCCCAUCUGGUAACAUCCCUCAAGACUGGCUCAGAGGCAGCUCAAGAAGCAUCACUGGACUCCCUGUUUCUUUUAAGGCAGGCAUGGUCUGCAUGCCCAGCUGAAGUUUUCAAAGCUCAAUCAGUUGCUGCAUCGGAGGCUAUUCCUUUACUGCAAUACUUGAUUCAAUCUGGUCCACCUCGGUUUCAGGAGAAGGCUGAACUACUUUUGCAGUGUUUACCAGGGACACUAACUGUUACAAUAAAACGUGGGAACAAUCUGAAGCAGUCGGUGGGAAACCCCAGUGUCUUCUGCAAACUCACGCUUGGUAACAAUCCACCUAGACUAACAAAGGUUGUAUCAACAGGCCCUACACCUGAAUGGGACGAAGCUUUUGCCUGGGCGUUUGACAGUCCUCCAAAGGGCCAAAAGCUUCAUAUAUCUUGCAAGAAUAAGAGCAAACUUGGGAAGAGUUCAUUUGGAAAAGUGACGAUUCAGAUCGAUCGUGUGGUUAUGUUGGGAUCAGUUUCCGGAGAGUACACACUACUGCCUGAGAGCAAAAGCGGCCCUCGGAACCUGGAAAUCGAAUUCCAAUGGUCAAACAAAUAACUACCAUCUCCUCAGCAUGCUAUCAUAGUAAUUUAGUUCAUAAAACUGAAGUUGUUCAUCUCUCUUUCUCCCUUUUAUUUAACCUUGCUUCUUUUUGUAUAUAGUCUGCAGAGAAUUGCUUUCCUCUAUUUCUCUGCACUAGGAUAAACAAGUGUUCUUGAGUCUUGCAUUGCUUGAAAGGAUUAUUCUUUGUUUUA